AUGGGAGGAGUAUGCUGCGGUCAUAUACGAAUAAUAGAUCAAACAAAUGAGACUGAAAAUGGCUUACAAAUCGAUCCACUUUGUAAUCCAGAUUAUACCAAUGUACUAAGCAGACCUCCAUCUAUAUUUAUUCUUGGUUCUGAGACCGCUGGUAAAACUAUACUGUUUCUACGGAUUAUUUAUCCUUAUGCUGACAUUAGUGAUCUUGUUAGUGUUACUAAACCGACCAAUACAUUACAUGUAGAGCCAUACAAUAUAUAUUCUAAAGAUGUUCUAUUGUGGGAUGUUGGAGGUGAUCAUCUUAUUACUGAUGCUAUGGUAGAUGCACUAAAUCAGAUCCAUGUAUAUGCUAUUAUAUAUGUGGUAUCAAUGUUGGAAACAUCAUCCAAUCAAUUACUCAAGGAAAGGCAACGUCUAUACAGACUCGUUUGUCACCCACUAGCCAUGCAAAUCAAAUUCCUUGUAGUACUGAACACAUUUGGUGCAUUUAACGACCAGGAAAAUCCAGCGCAAAGCAAAGAUACUGAAAACGUUCUCGUCAGAACUCUACACCUUCAGACGUUCAUCGAUAUGCUCGGCCCACAACGCUUUCGCUAUACUAAAGCCAACGUCAAAGACGGCCUGGAUGAUCCUAAUCUGGCGGAUGCCCUCGCUCAACUUGCCUUGAAUCCCUAA